AUUAAAUUGAAACAAAAUCUUUGUAAAAAAUUUUCUCGAGAAAUUCUCUGUCUACUUGUCCGUUUCGAUCUUCCCUUCAAUGCGCUCCCCUCAAAGGCCUACAAACCACUGUCUACAGUGACCUUAUCCCUUAACAAGUGAACAGAACAUUGGUACUAGGGUGGCUAUGCCUUGACAGUUUUUUCCAUCAUGAACUUUGGGUUUCUUAGUAAUGGCCCAUGGUCCAAGGCUCCAUUAAAGACGGUUCCAUCGGCAGCUUCCAAUUCGAUGGAUGCUCUAAGCAAACAACCAAGAGAAGUACACCAUGACGAUAUCAAGUUAUUGGAUGGUUUUUUUUUUUUUUCCAUCCUUCAAUUUUUACCUUGGACGAGCAAUGCUAGAGACAGAGUUCAAAGACCAACUACUAUCAACAGAGGGUUGAAGAGGCGUGCACAAACUCGUGGGAAUGUUGAAAACAACUUUGGGGCUACUCCUUUGCGCUUUAGGCCAUAUGUUUCCAAGGUUCCAUGGCAUACCGGGGUGAGAGGAUUCCUUUCUCAGCUUUUCCCUAGAUAUGGGCAUUACUGUGGACCAAACUGGUCUAGUGGAAAAGACGGUGGAUCUCCUGUUUGGGACAAGCGGCCAAUAGAUUGGUUGGAUUUUUGCUGUUAUUGUCAUGAUAUAGGGUAUGAUACUCAUGAUCAGGAGCUGCUGAGGGCUGACUUAGCAUUCCUUGAGUGCUUGGAGAGUCGAAAUAUGAGUACAAAGGGAGAUCCUCAUGUUGCUCUUCUUUACAAGACAAUGUGCAUUAAUGGUCUUAAGAACUUCUUAAUACCAUAUAGAAGACAUAUUGUAAGCUUACAAGCUGGUCAACCUUUGGUUCAGUUUGGAUGGCUGAGCAAUUUGAGAUGGAGAAGCUAGAACUUGCAGAAAUCAUGAAUGAUAACUGGUUGGUUAAUGACAGUGAAACUGAUUCAAGACUGGUUGGUUAAUGACAGUGAAACUGAUUCAAGAUCUCUUGGCAGAUGCUACACUGAAAUAUCCCUAGUUACAUGCCAUGAUCUUUGCGUGUCAUAUAUAUAGAUAGAUAGAUAGAUAUCAUGUGCAUAGUUACCAACGUCUUUAUGUCAUCAUUGAAUCAAAACAUCUGAAGUCUGGGUAGCUAUUACAAAUUAGCGUUGAUCUUGUAAAGUUUCUUCUUCAUUAAAGGUUCAAAUGAAUAUAAAUUAUGCUAGUAA